AUGGCCUGUAGCUUCCGUGGGAGAGUCCAGCUUGGAGGUCUGCUCCUCUCUGUCCUUGGCUGGGUAUGCUCCUGUGUCACCACCGUUCUUCCCCAGUGGAAGACUCUCAAUCUGGAUCUGAAUGAAAUGGAAACCUGGGUCUCGGGACUCUGGGAGGCUUGUGUGAAUCAGGAGGAAGCUGGCACUGUAUGUAAAUCCUUCGAGUCCUUUUUGUCUCUGCCCCAAGAGCUACAGGUAGCUCGAAUUCUCAUGGUGGCUUCCCAUGGGCUGGGACUGUUGGGACUUCUGCUGUCGGGCUGUGGGUUGGAAUGCUUCCGGUUUCACAGGCCCAGAGGAAUUUUCAAGACUCGGCUGUGCCUCCUGGGAGGGACUUUGGAAGCAUCAGCUUCAGCCACCACCCUCUUUCCAGUCUCCUGGGUGGCCUAUGCCACAUUCCAAGACUUCUGGGAUGACAGCAUCCCUGAAAUUGUGCCCCGAUGGGAGUUUGGAGACGCCUUGUUCCUGGGCUGGGCUGCUGGGCUUUUCCUAGCUCUGGGUGGACUUCUCCUCAUCUUCUCUGCUUGCCUGGAAAAUGAAGAGGGAUCAUCUCCUUGGACGGCUGAAGCCACAGCCCCACCAGCCUGUACUCCAGUAGAGGAAUUUGAUGGUUCCUUCCACCUCACACCAAGACCAGUGAACCAGGUCGUCUAGAGCUAGGAUCUGCCUAGAAAUCUCUAUAAUAAAGGAAUGUCAGUA